CCCCAGGGUGGGCUUGGAAGCUGGGAAGGCUGAGUGGGAUGUGAGCCAGGGAGAGGACACCAGGCCCAGAGUCGGGACCUUGAGUUCUGCUCCCUGAUGAAAUGGGCUUUUUGUGGGGAGAGUGAGCCGCUAGAGGCGUGCAAGCAGGAGUGGGUGAGAGGUGACAGGAUGUUACGGGGUGGGGGUCCCCUUCUCGAUUCUGGGCGGCUGGUUGGACUGCUCAGCCACAGUUGUUCACGCUUCCCUAUGGUGAGUCUGAUUGUGGCUUCUUUUCCACCCCCAUCUGCCCUUCUGAGAGCACGCAGGGCAGGUGAACAUUCCCUGUUGGCCUUGGCGUCUCCUCUGCGUUCUGGUCCGAGUAGCAGGGACCUGGGGCCCCUGCUCCUCCGGAGGGUGAGACCUAAGGCAGUGGGCGCGUGCUCUCACCCUCACACCUGCAUCUGGGCGCAUCUGGAGGGGUUCCCGGUGGGGCGGGAGGAGACUUGGGUUGGCUCUUUGGAUGGUCUUUGGCGCCGGCCUCUCCCAGCUGGGGUGAAGCGCAGCUCCUGGCCUGACCACCGGAGCAGCCGCAGCUGCAGGAGGCUGACACAGCCAGGAUCGCGGGACCUUGGGCGCGCACGGAGGAGGGGCUCGGGGCCACGCGGGACAUCGGCUCGGCGCUCACGCGCAUGUGCAUGCGCCACCGCAGCAUCGAGACCAAGCUGCGGCAGUUCACCAACGCGCUACUAGAGAGCCUCAUCAACCCGCUGCAGGAGCGCAUCGAGGACUGGAAGAAGUCGGCCAACCAACUAGACAAGGACCACGCAAAAGAGUACAAACGAGCCAGGCAUGAGAUCAAGAAGAAAUCUUCAGACACACUGAAGCUGCAGAAAAAAGCGCGCAAAGGGAAAGGAGACCUGCAGCCCCAGCUGGACAGCGCCCUGCAGGACGUGAAUGACAUGUACCUGCUGCUGGAGGAGACAGAGAAGCAGGCGGUGCGCCGGGCCCUGAUUGAGGAGCGCGGCCGCUUCUGCACCUUCAUCACCUUCCUGCAGCCUGUGGUGAAUGGCGAGCUGACCAUGCUGGGAGAGAUCACCCACCUGCAGGGCAUCAUCGACGACCUGGUGGUACUGACCGCGGAGCCGCACAAGCUGCCCCCCGCCAGUGAGCAGGUGAUUAAAGACCUGAAAGGCUCAGACUAUAGCUGGUCCUACCAGACCCCACCCUCAUCACCCAGCAGCUCCAGCUCCCGGAAGUCCAGCAUGUGCAGCGCCCCCAGCAGCGGUAGCAGCGCCAAGGGUGGCGGAGCCCCGUGGCCUGGGGGUGCCCAAACAUACUCACCCGGUUCCACCUGUCGCUACCGCAGCCUGGCGCAGCCAGCCACCGCCACCACCCGCCUCUCCAGCGUCUCCUCCCAUGACUCUGGCUUCGUCUCCCAGGACGCCACCUACUCCAAGCCCCCAUCACCCAUGCCUUCAGACAUCACCAGCCAGAAGUCCUCCAGCUCAGCGUCCUCCGAGGCCUCGGAAACCUGCCAGUCCGUUAGCGAGUGCAGCUCCCCCACCUCGGACUGGGCCAAGGCCGGCCCCCAUGAGCAGCCCUCAGGCACCACCCUGCAGCGGAGGAAGGACAGAGUGGAGCUCCUGCGAGACACAGAGCCAGGCCCGACCAGUGGGGGCACCCUGGGCCCCAGUGGAGAGGAGGCCCCCCGACCCCGCAUGUCCCCUGCCACCAUCGCAGCCAAGCACGGUGAGGAGGUGUCCCCUGCGGCCAGUGACCUGGCCAUGGUGCUGACCCGCGGCCUGAGCCUGGAGCACCAGAAGAGCAGCCGGGACUCCCUGCAGUACUCCAGCGGCUACAGCACACAGACCACCACGCCCUCGUGCUCCGAGGACACCAUCCCCUCCCAAGGCUCUGACUACGACUGCUACUCAGUGAACGGGGACGCAGACGGGGAGGGCCCGCCGGAGUUCGACAAGUCGUCCACCAUCCCUCGCAACAGCAACAUCGCCCAGAACUACCGCCGCCUGAUCCAGACCAAGCGCCCGGCCUCCACCGCGGGGCUGCCCACCGCCGGGCUGCCCACCGCCGCGGGCGCGCCCCCCGGAGUGGCCACCAUCCGCCGCACGCCCUCCACCAAGCCCACCGUGCGCCGCGCCCUCUCCAGCGCCGGCCCCAUCCCCAUCCGGCCGCCCAUCGUCCCAGUGAAGACGCCCACGGUGCCCGACUCCCCCGGCUACGUGGGGCCCACACGGGCGGGCAGCGAGGAGUGCGUCUUCUACACCGACGAGGCCGCCUCACCUCUGGCGCCAGACCUGGCCAAGGCCUCCCCGAAGAGGCUCAGCCUGCCCAACACAGCCUGGGGCAGCCCUUCCCCCGAGGCCGCCAGCUACCCGGCGCCGGGGGCCGCGCUGGCGGCCGAGGACGAGGAGCAGCAGCAGCAGCAGCAGCUGGCCGCCAACCGGCACAGCCUGGUGGAGAAGCUGGGGGAGCUGGUGGCGGGAGCCCGCGCCCUGGGCGAGGGCCAGUUCCCCUUCCCCACGGCCCUGUCGGCCGCCCCCGUGGAGGAGACGCCCGCCCCGCCGCCCGCCGCCACCAGCGACCCCCCCGCCGAAGACAUGCUGGUGGCCAUCCGGCGCGGGGUGCGGCUCCGCAGGACCGUCACCAACGACAGGUCGGCGCCCCGCAUCUUGUGAUGGCGCCACCUUCUGGCCCGGGCGAGGCAGGGGGCCUGGCCAGUGGGCAGCGGCCACUCAGAGCAGAGGCACCGUCAGCAGACAGCAGAGCCGGGCAAGCUUUUCUUUUCUUUUUUUUUAAAGUCACACGAGGCAAAGCCACUUUAUUGGAAAGAGACAGCCAGGUUGGAUUCAAGGCUUAAACAGGAAGUGACUACUUAAGCGGACCUCGCUAGCACGGAGCCUGCGGGCCUUGAACUGGAUUUGUUUCCAACUUUCCUUGCCUACUCUGCCCCUCCUCUUCCUCCUUCCAGGCCCCGCCUUUUCCACGUGUGGGUGAGCCCCAGAGCCGUGCUCCCUGCCCACAGCAGAAGGGCGGGGCCGGCCUCUCGCUGUCCCUGCAGCCGGGCAGGGCCCCGCAGUGCCACAGCGUAGCUGGCCCAGCCCAGCUUCGCCCUGUCUGCCCAGGGAGGGGACAGAGGCCUCGGGCUUCUCUGGAAUGCUGGCCCCUCCUCCUGAGCCCCUCUCCUGUCUUCUCCUCUCCCUGCCUCUCCCAGUCUCCUCUCCAUCAGGAGGCAAAGUGGCUGUGGAGGGGCCAGGGGCCCUAUCGGCUAAGGUAUCUGGUUGGACCAGAAAGCUCCACAGAAUGGCUGGCUGUUGGGGGUGCCAGUUGAAGUUAGGAGCCAGCCCACCCAUCAGGGGAGGGGGCCUAGGGCCCAAGUCAAGUCUCUUGGGGAAGAAGUGCAGGGGACCUGCUUGGAGGAGGCUGGGGACACUGAAGCAGCUUCCCCUCCCCCCAAGUAUGGCUGGGGUUGGGGGCAGGGCGGGACUGGGCAGCAGGGAAGGGGUCCAGAGGCCGGGGGUCAUCUGGCCAGUCCCCUAGGAGCUGCUUUCAGAUCCCGUGGUCAUCUGGGCAUGUGGAGGCUUUAACUCUGGUGAUGGUUUCAGCCACCUUUGGCGGCGGGGGCUGGAGCUGGGGACGGGGGGUCUUUUAUAAAUAUAUAAUAAAAUGAGCUGACCGGACAAGGACUGCGUGUGGGUACAGGGUAGACGGUACAGGGUGUGUCCAAGAGUGCCUGAGGGACAGGAGGCCCCACAAUGGCCUGGUGGGCCCAUGGCAGGAGGAGGAGAGCCUAAAUGGCUCCCAAAGGCCAGAGGGCAGCUGUUCUCUCCAGCAUCCGGAGCAAAGCCAAAAUGAGGUUGGAAAAGGCUGGAGGCUGGGCCUCCUGCAGGUCUGCUGCAGACCAAGGGGGUGGAGUAGUUGGGGGCUUUGACUCUCUGUCGUCAGAGGAGAUGCCAUCUCAGGAUGGUCCUAUGCAGAGGGGGGGAGGGGGUCACCCCUGUGCCCCUGCACCAUGUUGCGCCCACUCUAAGCAGGUAAAAGCACGUGUGCCAAGGGCAAGCGGAGGGCUUCCUGUGGCCCCUCAGGCCAGCUGAGAGCGGUCAGGGUGGCAGGGUCACAGGACAGGGGCCUCCCGGGAUCAGGAGAGCUGGCUUCUCCUGGUCUGGGUGGGGCUGGGGCUCCUGGCAGUUCUUGUGCAGGAAACUGGGGUCUAGGCAGAGGAAGGUGUGGGGAACCAAGGAUACCCCUGCGUGGAUGGAGCCCCACGGGGUGGAGAACGGUACCUGUAAGUCGUUAGGUCGGAGAAAGGAGCCUUGCUGAGCACACCACACUUGGAGGCGGGCCCGAGGAGAGAGGGCCGGGAGAGCAGGCGUCCUGUAUUUGAAGGCUUGGGGCGGGGUUUGUGCUGCACCUCCCCCCAGGGUUUGCCCAGGUGGGCUGAUUUAAGAUGCAGGUUAUGUGAUGUGAGCAGGGUAAGGGGCAGUGGGGUGGGGGUGUAGCUGAGUCCCCAGGAGGAAGGGCUUGCCCCUGUGGAGGGGGGUGGCUUCGGAGACCCAGGGAGGGGUGGGUGUGGCACAGCUGCCCCCCCCCCAUACUCCAGUGGCCCCCUCCCCCUCCAAGCCACCCCCAGGGCUGUACAUAACUCCUCCAUCCCCCCCCCCCAACCUCGUCCAUUUAGUGACCACCUCGUAGGCCCACCCCUUUGGGAUCCGAGCCAACCAUCCUGCAUCACAGACUUUGGUUUGGGGGACUUCUUUACGUUUGUUUCAUUUUUCUUUUUGUACAGAGAAAUAUUCUUUUCAAAAGCGUCUUGGCUGAAGUAACUUUUCUGGUGCUGUUGUUAACUUGUUCCUUUUUUUAAUUUAUUUCCCUACCCCAGGCUGCCCCUCCUGGUUCCUACUCACUUUUUCUUCCCUCCACCACCCGCUCCCCGCCCCCAUCCCAUCUGAACCAUUUUGUUUCUUUUCUUUCUGUCCGUUUUUGGAUAAAUCAUUCUCUCCUUUCCCCUACACCACCUGGCAACCCAUCCUCCCCUUGAUUUAAAUAGUCACUGCUACAAGUAACAAAUGCACUGUGAAGAUUCCAGUAUUAAUA